AUAAUGCUGAUAAUAUAAUCAUAUAGGAGCCCUAUAAGAGCAGGAUUGUAAUUCAGUUGUAAGUGUGCUUGAAUAUACAGAAAUACAUUACCUGCUUUGACAUGGUAUCAAAGCAGUUUGCUCUUGAGACCGAUACCCAUAUCUAGAAAUCUAAAUUACCCAUACCCAAUUCCGCUGCCAAAAAUACCAAGAGAAGAACCUUGUUUCUUCAUCUUAACAACAAUACCAAUACCAAAGAACUUCUGUUCUUCCCCAUAUCCAUAUUACCAGAAAUAUCAAAAAUAUACCCAAUUACCCAGCUUAUCUUCAACUUAUCUCGAAUUCUCGAUCCCUGAAGCCUCCAGCCCCGCCGCUGCAGUCUUCAGCCUCCAGCCACCGCGAUCCUUGCAGCAGUAACCCCCUCACAGCCGGCCUCAUCCUCCCGGCCACGAAGCCCCACAGCCCGCGCCUCCAACUGCAACGAUCUGCCCAGCGCCUCUACAGCGCUCCACCGCCGCCGGACCCCGCUGCCUUUCCAGAUCGAUCCGCCGGACACCAGCCACCCACCUGCAAACCAACACUUCUCAACACAAAGCAAAGAGAGUGAAGAAGGAGAAAGUGGGAAAGCAAGAGUUGGUGAGAAAGAAAAGGCAGAACAAAGGAAAGCACAGAAGAAGAAGAAGAAAAAAGGGCGGAGAAGAAAAGAAGAAAAGAAAGAACAGAAGAAAGAAGAGAAAGGAGGGAUUCGGCUUCUCUGCUAGAAUUCAUUUUGCUAGGAUCUGCUUGGAUAACACUCUCAGCUCGCCACGUGUUACUGGUUCAAUCUAAGGGCUAUAAUGCUUACAACACAGAAAGCCUGAACUUCACUAACGAUCUCCAAAAUAGUUCUUUAACGUCAGUGUUGAAUCGAACAAGAUCUCUACCCCUGGACUCCUCGCAUCUCCCUCUCUCUCUUCGCCCAAUUUCCUCCUUCCCCUCAUCGGACCCCCUCAUCAUCUAGUCGUGAACUGAAGCCGAGUCCGAUCUCUCGACUCCUCACUUAACUCUCAAGAUUUUCCAGAUGAUGGGGAAGACUCACACCGUGGCUUAGAGAAGAGAAAUGGGUUUAGCUUCACAUGGGAGAAACCUUGCAUUUCAGAUUGGUAAUCCAAAAUCAAGGCUUUUGAUUCGGGUCCACUACUGCAGUUAUAAAUCAGAGAGUAAAAAGCAAGAGGAUGAUGAAACAGUGAGGGAAAUCUGUACCAUUCUGAAGCGAAGCAGAGAGUGGGAGUCCGUGUUGAGCUCAUCAGGGUUUCCCAAGAAGCUAAACCCUUGUGUGGUUCGAUCCGUUCUUCAACAACACCACCAGCUUUUUGGGCAUGCCCAUGGUGUGUUGGAGAGAAUGGUUAGGACCCGGAAGCCGGCUUUAGAAGUUUUGGAUUGUGUUGUUAGGUGUUUUAGAGAGUUUGAGGGAUCAGACAUGGUGGUUUUUGAGAUUUUGAUUAAUGUGUUUACGAUGGGGGGUUGGUUUUAUGAGGCUGCUGAUGUGUUUUUGGGUGUUAGGAGUGUUGGGAUUUCACCGAGAUUGGAAUGCUGUAAUUCUCUGUUGAAUGAGUUGUUGAAGGGUAAUAGGAUGAGGCUGUUCUGGAAAGUGUAUGAUGGGAUGUUAGAGGCUAAGAUUGAGCUGGAUUUUUACACUUAUAGCAAUGUGAUCAACGCACAUUGUAAGUUUGGGGAUGUUAGGCAGGGUAAGAGGCUACUGUUUGAGAUGGUAGAGAAGGGCUGUAAUCCGAAUUUGAGUACCUUCAAUGUGGUGAUUGAUGGAUUGUGUAGAAGUAGGGCUGUUGAUGAAGCCAUUGAGUUGAAAAAAUCGAGUAGGUGAACAAAACUCCAACCUUCUUAUAGUUCUUUAUCAAAUUCUAUUCUCUAUGGUUCAGCUCAGGCUUAGGUUCAAUUAAACACAUCAGACAGUUUGAUAAAUGGUUUUAAUAGAAUAAACUGCCAGUUCCUGGUAACCAAAUCAGGCCACAUGCAUUCCAAAAUAAGACUUCCAGCACCUCUAGCAUUCCAAAAUAAGACUUUAAUCAUUGAGAGGUAGUGAAAGAAAAGGCCAAAACCCAAAUUAAGCACCAACCAUGCUGUUUGGACCCAAAAUGAACAUUUUGGCCUGACAAGGCAUGUGUUGGAGAAAUUGAGCCAAUGUCAGUGGCUCAAGCUAUAUAUUGUCGACAAGUUCGAAAUAUAUAUUUAGAGGCUAAAUAAAGCCUACUAUGGAAGCACGGAAGCAUGGAAACAUGAAAAGUCAACUUUAGCACAUUUUCCUACUUCGGCUAGGAGAAACCGAGCUAAACAAGGAAGGAGGAGUGGCAGACUAACCAAAUGAAAUCGAAAUGUGCUGAAACUUUCCAGAUCCAUUCUAGACAGCCCAAGGAUCAUUUCUUAUGAAGAGUGCAAGAGCUUUUUUUGAGUGGAAGGCCUUCAAACAAUCAGCCUAAUUUUCUACAGAAGCAAAACUGGAAAACUGGACCUGUAAGAGGUCCAGCAGCAUUUUCGGCCCAACCACAUGGAAUAAAAAUCUGAAAAUUUGUCAGGAUGAUGUACACUCAUAGUGGAACAUUUCAUAUGAAGAAGUCGAAGGCAUAUAAUGAAGUCUUGUUGGAGAAAUAAUUGAAGGAAUAAAGGGCCAGAAACUGACCUAAAACCAGCUCAAUAUUCACAUGUUCAUGUUUCCUACCCACAUGAAGAAAGCUAGAUGCUUUUCUCUUUUUCCUUGGAUAUAUUUUUGUUCUACAAUCUCUUUAAUAGAUCAUCACCACUUCCAUGUUGCUGCACCUUCA